CGAGAUUAAUGCAAUAAUUCACAAAUCUUAUUAAAAACUCUAAUGUGAUGUGUAAGUUAGCUAGCUGCUAGUUUAGCAGCAGGUUGUUGUUAGUUGGCUAGCUAAUUGUUAGGUGUGCUUCUAUGGGAAAGCUGUGCAGCGGCUUAAACAUAAUUUCCGACGUUGACAGACAUUCAUUCCAGUGUUCUGCUACAGAUAAAUUGCUAAGAAGUGUAGGGACAGUUGACGAUAUGACCACUUUUGUGAUGUUCAUGCAAGAGCACAUACUAAACUAAAUAAUAAACCUGUGUAGGCGGCUUGCUGUGUGUUCUCACAGCCAGACAUGUAAGCAUCUCAACCUUUCACCCAGUCCCCUCUCCACUGGGAAUUUGUUCAGCAGUGGGACCAGGGCAUUGAGUGAGACUGGACCCUCCCAGGCUAAAUUCUUUCCUGCAAAUGAGGGAUCAAUGCUGCUCCCUGGGACUUACAAAGGCAAAGUGGCCUUUAUCACAGGAGGAGGAACGGGGUUGGGAAAAGGCAUGACCACAACACUGUCAGCACUAGGGGCAGAGUGUGUCAUCGCUAGCAGAAAACUGGAUGUUUUGAAAAAGACUGCAGAGGAAAUUACAGCUCAGACAGGAAAUAAGGUCCAUGCUGUGCAGUGUGAUGUUAGAGACCCCAAGUCAAUUGAAGCUGCUGUGGACCAACUGGUAGAGGUUGCUGGUCUACCUGAUGUGGUGAUCAACAACGCUGCAGGGAACUUCAUCUCCCCGUCAGAGAAGCUGUCUGCCAACGCAUGGAGGACCAUCACAGACAUCGUCCUGAACGGCACGGCCUUCGUCACCCUGGAACUGGGCAAGAGGCUGAUACUGGCCGAGAAGGGUGCUGCGUUUCUGGCCAUCACCACCAUCUAUGCAGAGACCGGCUCUGGAUUUGUGGUUCCCAGCGCGGCUGCCAAGGCAGGAGUGGAAACUCUGUGCAUGUCUCUGGCUGCGGAGUGGGGGAGGUACGGCUUGAGGUUUAAUGUCAUCCAGCCAGGACCAAUCAGAACGAAGGGGGCCUUCAGUCGUCUCGAUCCCACGGGCAUGUUUGAGAAGGCCAUGAUCGGCAGGAUACCCGUGGGCAGGCUGGGCACGCCCGGAGAGAUUGCCAACCUGGCAGCCUACCUGUGCAGUGACUAUGCCUGCUGGGUGUCUGGAGCGAUCAUUCGAAUGGACGGUGGAGAGUAUGUCUCCAUGGCAGGAGAAUUCAAUGAUCUGAGGAGGGUCACUAAGGAGCAGUGGGCUAUGAUGGAAACCAUGAUCAGGGGCACCAAGGGAUCCUAAGAAGUCAAGAUGGGAACACGAUACUUCCGGGGCAACAGGUAGCCUAGUGGUUAGAGUGUUGGACUAGUAACAAAGGUUGCAAGAUUGAAUCCCCGAGCUGUCAAGGUAGAAAUCUGUCGUUCUACCCCUGAACAAGGCAGUUAACCCACUGUUCCUAGGCCGUCAUUGAAAAUAAGAAUUUGUUCUUAGCUGACUUGCCUAGUUAAUUAAAGGUUAAAAAAUGUAUAUUUACUAACUCUCUACCACUGUUAAUGCUCCAGGGAAACACAGAUACUGUACACACAGACAAUCUUUCCCUCUGUUUCUGACCUAAAACAGAGAUUAUACCAUGUCAGGGAAUAUGGCUACAGGAUCGACACACACACACACACACACACACCUCUACAAACACCAUUCUCACACACUCACUUAACCUCAAGCCUUAUUCCUCAUUGCCUAAUGGACAAAUCGACAGGAUGGGGACAGUAGGGCAACAUUUGGGGUCCUAUGUGGCUCAGUUGGUAGAGCAUGGCGCUUGUAACGCCAGGGUAGUGGGUUCGAUUCCCGGGACCACCCAUACGUAGAAUGUAUGCACACAUGACUGUAAGUCGCUUUGGAUAAAAGCGUCAGCUAAAUGGCAUAUAUUACUAUUACUAUUUGAAGAGAAAAUGGCUUCAUCAGGAGGCCAACUAUUUAGAGGAGGUUUGAGAGAGAGAACCUCAUCAUCUUUUCGUUCUCACUCGGUCUGAGAUUCUACUGGCUACAGCACUCCCUGGAUGAAACUGGCUUCUUGUUGGUUGAAAAACCUGUCCGUUCCUACGAUUGACUUGGUAUUUUGCUAGUAACAUUUAUCAUUUGUUUUUACAAUGAUGCCUUGAAAAUAAUUAAUUCUGUUCUUUUUCAAAAAACAUGUUUCAAUGGCCAAUCUAAGUUGACGUCCAGUAAUGCUAUUCAUUGCUGUUAAGUGUUUGUCUUGUGCUCUGUGUGUACAAUACGUGAGGUUUACACGAAUAUGUCUGUGUGGAGUAUGUUGAAUAAAAGACAGACCUUUUA